CAUAGCAAGGGACCCCCGUUACCAGCAGAUAUAUGGCUGCAACUGUUUGACAAUCUUGCGGAAGAGGGCGAUUACGAAACGAUAGCGGAAUGCGCUAAGGUGUGCAGAGUCCUUCACGAAUGGAGUGAGCGAUAUUUUACAGGAGCGCCACAUCCGAGUCGUUCAAACUGGACCUUCCAUGACGAGGAAGACGUUUCACGCGCCCGAAUAUAUCUCGCAACAAAAGGAAGGAGGGCCUGGCCGCCACUGCGUUCUGCUGUUAUUGUGGGAGAACAGGACUCAAAGGCGAUCCCACAUAUGGCAACGUUCGCGUCGACAUUCGCAGCGGGUACGUGGGUACGUAUCGCGGAGCUAUGUAUCGAGAAUGCGGUGUGGCCGUCGUCACUUGGGGCCGCCGACGCUAGCAUCAUCCGCGAUCUGUCCUGUCUCGGCUCGAUUGCCACCCUCGUCCUCGACAACGUCAGGUUCCCGUCCAUUGUCGCGUUUGGUGCUCUUGUCGCUGCGCUUCCACGCCUCAAAACGCUUCGCAUUCACAAUGUGACGUUCCCAAGAUCAUCCAAUCUGUUCGAUCCCUGCACGUUCUCCGACUUCCGACUUCUGCCAAAGCCCGAACUCGACACAAUCGAUUUGGGCCACGUAGCCAAGAAGACGUCAGAAUUUACUGCUGACGCAUGGUCACAUCAUGUCGAGCUGCUUGCGUUCAUUAACGCUGUGAGCAGCGGUAACGCUCCUCGUACACUCGCACGUCCUAGGCUGCGGUCAAUCGUCGCCACUUUGGACUACCAUUCUUCCGAUACCAAAUGCAUGUAUUUCGCCCGGAUCAUACAUUGCCUGAUCGACUUGGACCACCAUUUCCGAGUGACGAAAGUCUCCGCUUCAGCAGAGCUAUUUGUCUCUAUAUCGGAUACGCCCCAGAUUCUCCUCAACAAAGUGUUUAAACAUGCGGGACCAUCGCUUGACCAUGUUACUCUUCAUAACAUGGGUGCUAAAGCGAACCAUUUGUCAUUGUUGCGCAAAACCUUGUUCUGUCAUGUCAAUUUGUCCGAGAACACCAACCUCAAAUCUCUCGAGCUUACGUGCAGCUUCUGGACGACGCGGUGUUAUGACUAUGCCCUCGCGCUUCUGUCUACCGUGGAAUCAGCAUGCAUGUCCUGUAUCAAACUCGAUUUCUCUCCUUGGAAGGGGAGAAGGCUGAGGGACAUUCUUCCCAAAUUCAUUGCCGUGCUUUCUCCACUUCCCGCCUUCAAUAAUCUCAAAAAUAUAGAAAUAUCACUCAGCUCAGUCGCCAGGGAACCGCGGGGUCGUAUGGAGAAACGGGAUGCUGACUUGACAAAAGAGCUCUGGCCGUCGUUAACGAGGUCUACGAGACCCAAUAUCUUUGGGAUCACCAAAGGUCAAGCCAGAAUUGGUUCAUUCUGGGAUGAUGUAACAAACAGCUGGAAACACUACGACAUUAAGCGAGAUGAGAACAACAACAGCGUUGUUAUUGAGGUCCCUCGUUUCGAGGACAUCGGACGUCCUUUGGAUUUCGCAGACGCCCAUAUCGUGAUUGCCACAUCCGCCUUCGUUGACAUGGGAGACAACAUGGGCAAACCACAAAGGCUCGAUCGAAAAUUCUUUUUGCUUGCCGGCAACUCGAGGGAAAGCGACUACUAUCCAAAAUACGCUGUGCCCGUGGCUCCCGCAGAUGGGCUGCCGGAGAUCACGUCUCGUCUACCUCCGGAUUUGUAUCGGUUUGGGUUCGGAUCUCUGAGGAGAUUCACCGGGUUCCCCUUCACAGCGUCGUGCGUUGUGAAGGCAUCGCUAAUGCCUACGCUCAUGCGACAGCGGCGGAGGCAGCUCAAGUGCUGUUGCAGGAAACGCAAGCCUACAUUCCUUUUCUUGUUAGAGGUCAUCGGCGUACAAAGACGUGUGUGCAUAGAUGACGACACCAAAUAG